CUCUCAUUUGAACAAGCUGAGUGCCUUCACCGCCACCAGCAGCAGCAGCAGCAUCCCUGUGCACCCUCCUCAUCAAUAUGCGCUUCAGCUCCUGAAUGUAAGAGCCUCUUCUUCUUGCCCAGUGAGAGACGACAAAGCAAAGCGGAGCCAGUGUUCAUGCCGGGGAGGCGAUGUCAUCCCAUAUUUCAUAUCUGACUCCGUCCAAAGGAAGCUGCUGACUUUUUCCCCCUCUCAUUCUCUCAGUCGACUUUCUCCUUUUGAGCAGUCAAUGGAUUUACUCUGAUUUGAGGAGCGUCCGGAACCGUCUCGACUGUUGAUUGGGGAGGGGGGGCUUUCUGCUCUUGUUUGCGCUUGUAAACAACGAAAAAGAAUCUAGAUAAUAAGAAGGGGGGUGAUGUUUGCUUUGCACGGGGUUCGGCAGUUUCGCGUGUUGUCCGCACUGGUUGUCGGUUCGAUUGUGUGUUGCGCCAAGAGCGUCAAUGAACCGGGCAACAUGUCUUUCGUGAAGGAGACGGUGGAUAAACUACUGAAGGGGUAUGAUAUCCGACUGAGGCCAGACUUUGGAGGGGCCCCUGUUGCAGUCGGGAUGAGCAUAGACGUGGCGAGCAUAGACAUGGUGUCAGAAGUCAACAUGGACUACACGCUGACCAUGUAUUUCCAGCAGUACUGGAGGGACAAGCGUCUAGCCUACAUAGGAAUCCCCCUCAACUUGACCCUGGACAACAGGGUUGCUGACCAGCUCUGGGUCCCCGACACUUAUUUCCUCAAUGACAAGAAGUCUUUCGUCCACGGAGUGACUGUGAAAAACCGAAUGAUCCGCCUGCAUCCAGAUGGAACCGUUCUCUAUGGCCUCAGGAUAACUACGACUGCAGCGUGUAUGAUGGAUCUCAGGAGGUAUCCUCUGGAUGAACAGAACUGCACUCUGGAGAUUGAGAGCUAUGGCUACACCACCGACGACAUCGAGUUCUACUGGAAAGGAGGCGAGUCGGCUGUAACGGGGGUGACACGGAUUGAGUUGCCUCAGUUCUCCAUUGUCGAUUACAAGUUGGUGUCCAGAAACGUCGUCUUUUCCACAGGUGCCUACCCUCGACUAUCUCUAAGCUUCAAGCUGAAGAGGAACAUCGGCUACUUCAUCCUGCAGACAUACAUGCCAUCGAUCCUGAUUACCAUCCUCUCCUGGGUCUCCUUUUGGAUAAACUAUGAUGCGUCAGCAGCCAGAGUGGCAUUAGGAAUCACCACGGUGCUGACAAUGACCACUAUCAACACCCACUUGCGAGAGACGCUGCCCAAGAUCCCCUAUGUCAAGGCCAUCGACAUGUACCUGAUGGGAUGCUUCGUCAUGGUCUUUCUGGCCCUGCUGGAGUACGCCUUCGUCAACUACAUCUUUUUUGGGAGGGGCCCUCAGAUGCAGAAGAAGCUGGCGGAGAAGGCGGAGAAGGCCAACAACGAGAGGGCAACCAAGUACGACGCUGCAAGGGAGGCAGGUAGUAGGACCGCAUCCCUAAAACGGUCCAAUCAGGUUAAGGGUCUUCGCCACUCACGCUCGGCAGAACCACAUGGCCACGGGAACAUCCUGCUAACCACCCUGGAGAUCCAUAACGAAGUGGCAGGAGGUGAGAUCACCACCAGCGUGGCAGACAUUAGGAACUCUCAGUCCAUGGUGCAGUUGGACAGCACGGCCUCGACGAACAUCCAGUAUCGUAAGCAGAGUGGUGGGAUUGGCCCGCGCUCUGCCAGCCGCCACUCCCUAGACCGGUCUGCCCAGAUGAAACGCAGCCGCCUGCGGAGGCGGUCCUCGCAGCUCAAAAUCAAAAUCCCCGAUCUGACGGAUGUGAACGCCAUCGACCGCUGGUCACGGAUCAUCUUCCCUUCCGUUUUCUCACUGUUCAACCUCGUCUACUGGCUCUACUACGUCUGAUUAGACUGUUUUGUUGAGAUGUCUGUUGUUGUUUGAUUUUCUUUUUCAUUUUGUUCCUUUUUCUUCCUUUUUUUCUGUUGCUUUUAUACAUGAUGGUAUCUGUCAAGUUAAAGACUGCAACAUUUCCAGAUAAAAAAAAAGAGCCCACUGAGAAAGGACUACAGAGUUUUGAACCAAGUUCUUGUCAAAUUGUUUUUAUAUUUGCAGUCUUUGAAUCCUUAGUACCAAGGUCUUUUUAUUUUCUAAAGUACGUACUGUGAUUGGGACUUGUGUCAGUCAUUUUCCAAACUUUACCCUUUCAGUAACAUGUAAAUAGAGAGAUACAAGCCAGCAAAUUGAACAAAUAAUAAGUAUUUGCAAAAAAAGAAACAAAAUAGCAGUAAAUAUAAGGGUUUUUCUAAUCAAACAAGACAGGUAAGAAAACUUUGUACUACACAGGUGGUCAGAUAAGUGCAGGCAAUCCCUUAAAGCCCAUUGAACAAACUAAUGUAUGUUUGACUGGUACCCUAUGCACUGUUAAUGCAUGUAAUGAUCAGCCAUAGUGUGAAAAUAAUGACUUCUUUUUUUUGCCUUGGGUUAUGUUACUUUAUAGAAGACAAAAAAGACUAUAUGUAUUUAUUUAUAGUAUUGGUAAUAUACAGUAUACAUGCUGUUAACUAUAUCAUGCAUUGAUCUGGUAAACCUUUACCCAAACACAAUAAUUCCAUGUUGAGGAUUUUGUCCUCUGUUCAGGAUGAUUGUGACUCAGGUUCUGAAUUUUUUGCUAUUUGGCAUGAUUUUUCUUAUCAAAAGAGAAAUGUCACUGAAAUAUCCUUUUUUUGGGAAUUUGAUAAGCA